AUGGGACACAAAGAAGGCUACUGUAGCUCGGCAUUUCGUUGGAACGCGAGCAGAAGAAAAAGUGCGAUCAGAAGCGUUACGAUUAUGGAAGUUGGAAACGGGCGAGGAAGAAACAUCGAUGUGCUGAUAAAUCGAACUAGGGUGAGAAUGAUGGUGGAUACCGGCGCAGACAUAACCAUCGUUUCAUCGAGAUUGUGGCAACAGAUGGGGGAACCAGUGUUGAAACCAUCAACGAUAAUGGCAAGAACGGCAUCGGGGGAGCAGCUGAAUCUACCUGGGGAGUUUACUGCUGAAAUUACACUAGCCCAACAACGCGAAGAUUGUGUGAUACGAGUGGCCUCGGAGAACCUCUCACUUUUUGGAAGAGAUGCGAUGGACAUUUUCAACCUCUGGAACGUACCGCUGGCAACUGUUUGCAACCAACUGUCUUCGGUGAGCAUGGGUUCUAACUAUUUUAAAGAUUUUGAAGAUCUAUUUUUAGAUGAACCAGGAUGCUGCAAGAAAGGAAGAAUCCAGUUGGUCCUAAAAGAAGGCGCGAUUCCAGUUUUUCGUCCUAAGAGACCGGUGGCGUACGCUAUGAUGGCAGCUGUUAAUGGAGAACUGGAUCGGCUGGAGCGAGAGGGAAUUAUCACCCCCGUAGAUUAUUCGUCAUGGGCCGCGCCUAUUGUGGUAGUGCGCAAGGCCAACGGAUCAAUACGCAUCUGUGGAGACUAUUCUACGGGGCUGAACGAUGCGUUGCAACCCCAUCAGUAUCCGAUUCCGCGCCCUGAAGACAUUUUUACCGCAUUAGGACAGUCGAAAAUUUUUAGUCAAAUAGACCUAUCAGACGCUUUUCUCCAAGUAGAGGUAGAGGAAAAUUGUCGCGAGCUCCUUACCGUGAAUACCCAUAGGGGUUUAUAUGUAUACAAUCGCCUUCCACCCGGUAUAAAAUCUGCGCCAGGGCCUUCCAGCAACUCAUGGACACUAUGUUGUCGGGAUUGAAUGAUGUGGCCGCAUACCUGGAUGAUAUCGUAGUAGGUGGAGUUGAUGAAACCACACACAGA